CUGCGAUCAUGGCGGACGUGGUUGCGGAGCAGGUAGCCGACCAGAAACCAGUCCCGGACCGGGAGCUGAACGGGGAGGCAGAGGACAGAGAAGAGGCCGACCCCGUGGAGGAGACAGCGAAAAAGAAGAAGAAAAAGAAGAAGAAGAACAAGUCCACAGUGACAGGCGCUGAGGCGGAGGCUGAUGGUGUGGCCGAAGUUACCAAACAGCUGGAGAAGCAGGCGAUAGAAGACAAAGAGAAAGAGGAGGAUGGCGAGGAAGAUGGAGAUGAUGGAGAGAACUCAGCAGGGAAAAAGAAGAAGAAGAAAAAGAAGAAGAAAGGACCCAAAUCUCAAACUGAUCCCCCAUCUGUGCCCAUCUGUGAGUUAUACCCAACUGGAGCGUUCCCCAUCGGACAGGAGUGUGAAUACCCCGCCUCACAGGAUGGUCGCAGCGCAGCGUGGCGUACGACCAGCGACGAGAAGCGGGUGCUGGAUAAAGCCAACGAGGAGGUGUGGAACGACUUCAGACAGGCAGCCGAGGCCCACAGACAAGUCCGCCAGCACGUUCGCAGCUUCAUUAAACCCGGCAUGACCAUGAUUGAAAUCUGUGAGAGGUUGGAGGACUGCUCUCGUAAGCUGAUAAAGGAGAACGGGCUGAACGCCGGCCUGGCCUUCCCCACCGGCUGCUCCCUGAACCAUUGUGCUGCCCACUACACUCCCAACGCCGGAGACACCACCGUCCUGCAGUACGACGACGUCUGCAAGAUCGACUUCGGCACGCACAUCAACGGGCGAAUCAUUGACUGUGCCUUCACUGUCACAUUUAAUCCAAAGUACGACAAGCUGCUGGAGGCUGUGAGAGACGCCACCAAUACUGGAAUCAAAAAUGCCGGCAUUGAUGUGCGUCUGUGUGAUGUUGGAGAGGCGAUUCAGGAAGUGAUGGAGUCCUAUGAGGUCGAGCUUGAUGGCAAAACAUACCAAGUGAAGCCAAUCCGAAACCUGAACGGCCACUCAAUCGGUCAGUACAGAAUACACGCUGGCAAGACUGUGCCCAUCGUUAAAGGAGGAGAAGCCACGAGAAUGGAGGAGGGAGAAGUUUAUGCCAUUGAGACAUUUGGCAGCACAGGUAAAGGUGUGGUCCACGAUGACAUGGAGUGCUCUCACUAUAUGAAAAACUUUGACGUCGGCCACGUCCCCAUCAGGCUUCCCAGAGCGAAGCACCUGCUGAACGUUGUCAACGAGAACUUCGGCACGUUGGCGUUCUGCCGGCGCUGGCUGGACCGUCUGGGCGAGACCAAGUACCUGAUGGCCCUGAAGAACCUGUGCGACCUGGGCAUCGUGGACCCCUACCCUCCCCUCUGCGACACCAAGGGCUGCUACACCGCUCAGUUCGAGCACACCAUCCUGCUCAGGCCCACCUGCAAGGAGGUGGUGAGCCGGGGAGACGACUACUGACACCCCAGCCUCCAACAACGCCGCACCCCUCCCCUGUCACCGCCUCACUGCACCUCCAGACCCUGUUAGCAACUCCUCCUCCAGAGAAACAGCAGAACAGAAAAGAGCUUCUAAAACACGACGUGGUUGUCUCAGAGCAGCUAUGAGGGAUGCCAAAUGCUACUGUAUUCUACCCACAAUGCACCACUCACAGCUUGCAAGGAACGAGGACUGGCUUUCUGAGUUUCCUGUCAUCAACCACAGCGAAAAAAAAAAAUUGUAAACAAACCAACACGUUUUUGUCGGAGGAAGCAUUGUUUCUUUCAGUGUCCUGCGGACCUCAUUUUACAUGACGUUAAAGAGUUAACUGUCAAACAGUUAAGAUUUAUUUAAGCUGCCGCUAAAUCUAGUGCACCCUCAGCAUUCAAAGAGACGAGCGUGAGAAUCCCCCUUAUACCUCCCUUCAUUUUCAGAGUUUCUAUGGCUCCACUCUAAGCCUGCAGUACUUUAGUGCUCGAGUUAAAUUAAGCACAAAUGCUACUGACGGGUGGAAGAUGUGGUUAGGCCGAUGCAUGGCCAGAAAUCUCUGCAACAGACAAUUUCUAACACUUAGAGCUCGGGGUGUCGUAGUAAUAAACAGACACCGUGCAUCUGCAGCUGUAUGUUUGGCUUCUGUCGCUACAGGAGGGAACUCGACACUCUGGCCCUCUAGUCAUCCUUUCUUUGAUAUUUGUAAAAUAUCUUUGAAAUGGUUGCUGCCACUGUAUGUUUCCAAUUCAAAUGCUUCAUUUUGAACUCCCGGAAAACGUUUUUGUAAGAAAAAAAAAGAUUAAAAUGAUUUUGCUCAUUG